AUGGGUUACAAGAAAAUUCACAUUAUCAGGCACGCGGAAGCCGAACAUAAUGUAGAUCAAGAUUAUUACAGGUUCCCCGAUGCAGUCCUCACGCCGUUCGGGAAACAACAAUGUUCGGUUCUGGACCAGUCGACCGAGCAGACCAUCCAACAGACGGCAAAACUGCUCGUGAGCUCGCCCCUGCGACGGACCUUACAGACGAGUCUGAUAGGGCUGCCCACGCUGAUCCGCCGCCUGGGCGGGCCGAGCUCCAUCAUUGCGCUGCCGGAGCUGCAAGAGAACUCGUCGUCGCCUGCGGACACGGGGAGCUCGAGAGAGGCCCUCGAACAGAUCGAGGAAUUUGAUGGCAUUGACUUCGGAAGACUCGUUAAGCAGUGGAAUUCCAAGACCGGCUUCUGGUCCCCCGACCCUAAAUCCCUCAAAUCCAGGGCCGCUUGGACUCGCAAAUGGCUCGCCGAACGUCCCGAGGAUGAAAUCGUCGUCGUAUCUCAUGGAUCCGCUCUCAGAUUCCUAACAGAAGAAUAUGGCUCUCAUGGCUUGUGGAACAAUUGCGAAUGCAGAUCAUACGCAUUAGUCCCUUCAUCCUCCUCUAAAAGCUUCAAACUCGUCCGACUACCUUCCUUUCCCCAAGAACAAAAACCUAUCAUCCAACAAUCAAGUCUAAUCACCACUUGCGAUCCCAUCGAAAAACAAUAA